CCAUGUGUACAAACGAGUUCCACGUAUCACCUGCUGGCUGAAAAGUAGAAAUUGUAGUGAGAUCGUAUUUGGUUAGUUUCAGAUCGCCGGAUGAGAUUUGUGCAAUUAGUUCAAUAAAAACUAGAUUAAAAUGAAGUCCUUUUUCCUAAUUGCUUUAUUGGUUCUACCAGCAGUCAUCUUCACGAUAGAUAAUGGUCACAAGAUAACGGCAUAUGCUGAAGAAGAUCCUUUGGAAGAUGAAGUUGAAAUUGAGGGAGAAGGUGAUGUGGAGGAAGUAGCAAGUACAGAUGAGGAAGAGGAGGAGGAACGAACAACAGCCUCACCUGAUGCAGAUACAACGUUAUUGUUCGUUAGGCCCAUUGCUACCGCUUCUCAAUUAGAACUACCAGCCGGUGUUCCUGUGGAAUUCUUGGUCGGCUUCCGUAACAAAGGCAAAGAGGAUUUCACUCUAGAGGCUCUAGAAGCGUCAUUCCGUUAUCCCAUGGAUUUCAACUUUUACAUCCAAAAUUUCUCUGCGAUUGCGUACAACAAAAUCGUACAGCCUGAUCAAGAAGCCACUUUAGCAUACAGCUUCGUUCCAUCUGAAGCAUUCGCUGGAAGGCCUUUUGGUUUGAAUAUAAAUUUAGCCUACAGAGAUGUCUCUGGAAAUUCGUUCCAAGAUGCUGUUUACAAUGAAACAGUACAAAUUGUAGAGUUGGAGGAAGGUUUGGAUGGAGAAACCUUCUUCUUGUACGUAUUUUUGGUGGCUGGAGUUGUUCUUUUGUUGGUUAUUGGCCAACAGACGUUAUUGUCAUUUGGAAAGAAGCGCAUUACCCGCAAAACAGUACCCGUGGAAACUGGCACAAGCAACCCCAAUAACGUUGACUAUGAUUGGUUGCCAAAGCAAACGUUGGCCACAUUGAAUAAAGAAAAAUCACAAAAGUCUCCCAAAUCAAUUAAACAAAGUCCAAGGCAACGUAAAGUUAAAAGAUCUACAGGAUCAGAAUAGUGAUCAUUACUCAGUUUUUUCUUCAUUUCACUGUUUUCAUACUUCAUCUUCAUUCAACAGGAACAUAAACUUUUGCGUUACAAACGUUGCAAACUGUCAUCUAUUUAUGUUUUGUAUCCUGUGUUGUGAUUUUUUUUUUAAUAAUUGUUGAAUUUUCCACAUAGUUGUAGAGUUAAAUUAUGUGUACAUAUAAAUACGACCACCGUAUUAAAAUACGAAUUGAAUAAAGCGUAACAUUCUUUUUUAAA